AAGAGAGAGAGAAAGGGAGAUAGAGAACACUGGUGUAUAGAGAGCAGGAACUGGGAGUAAAAGUAGGGUGGAAUUCACACGGAAUAUUCAGCUGUACAUUUCGUUGGAUAUAUGUUUUCAUAAUAAUUAUUGCGACGUGGACACUGUUUCUCGAGUCUCAGAUGUGAUCGUGUUUUCAUCACAUCACUGCCCCCGGUGUCCAGUGAGCGACAACUACAGUGGAUAUUAUUCAACUCCGCUAGAACAGCCGUCAGUCAUCCUUCACUUUCGAGGUUUUGGAGUCGAUCAAUUAAUUUAAUUGGAAAAUACAUUCCCAACAUGGCUACGGAUCAAGAAAAUAAUAAACAGCGUAUGAUAAAGCUGUUGGAGAGACCGGGGAAUGGGAGUUGUGUGGAUUGCGGAGCUGCAGACCCGGAGUGGGCGUCCUACACCCUGGGUGUGUUUGUGUGUCAGAGCUGCUCGGGUCUCCAUAGAAACAUCUCCCAGAUCAGCAAAGUCAAGUCUGUCCUGCUGGAUCCAUGGAGUGAUGCAGAGGUAGAGUUCAUGGCGUCCAGAGGCAACAAUGCUGCUAAAGCCAAAUAUGAACAGAAGGUGCCUGUUUUCUACUACCGUCCAACACACACAGACUGCCAGCUCCUUCGGGAACAGUGGAUCAGAGCCAAAUACGAGAGGAAGGAGUUUGUGUGUGUGGAGAGACAGGAGCCUUACUCUGCAGGGUACCGAGAAGGGUUUCUAUGGAAACGGGGCCGAGAUAACGGACAGUUCCUGAGUCGAAAAUGUAUUCUGUCAGAGCGGGAUGGUGCUCUGAAGUACUACAACAAGCAUGAUGCCAGAGAGCCCAAGGCUCUGAUGAAGAUUCACACUCUGAAUGCCUCCUUCCAGCCUGGGAAGAUCGGCCAGCCUCACGGCCUGCAGGUCACCUAUCUGAAGGACAACAGCACUAGGAACAUCUUUGUCUACCACAAGGAUGGCAAGGAAAUGGUGGACUGGUUCAACGCCAUCAGAGCAGCCAGAUUUCACUACCUCCAGGUCGCUUUCCCUGGGGCCCAUCACGCUGAUUUGGUGCCAAAGCUGACACGAGACUACAUCAAGGAAGGCUACAUGGAGAAGACGGGUCCCAAGCACACAGAGGGCUUCAAGAAGAGAUGGUUCACUAUGGAUGACAGGAGACUCAUGUACUUCAAGGAUCCUCUGGAUGCCUAUGCGCGCGGUGAGGUGUUCAUUGGUAGUAAGGAGAACAGCUACAUUGUACUCCCCGGCCUUCCCCCAUCCACCCAGGGCUACCACUGGCAGUUUGGCAUCACCAUAGUAACGCCCGACAGGAAGUUCCUGUUUACAUGCGAGACCGAGGAGGAGCAGCAGGAUUGGAUGGCUGCUUUUCAGAGUUUGGUGAAUCGACCUAUGCUGCCCCAGGAAUAUGCAGUGGAGGCCCACUUUAAGCACAAGCCCUGAGAGGAGGAGGAGAAGGAAAAAGAGGGAGGCUGGACUGGAGGCUGGACUGGAGGCUGGACUGGAGGCUGGACAUAUCCCCUGGAUGAAGACAGACAAAUAGGAUUCUUCUCCUCAUAAUAAGACAAAUAUAUAGACAAUUAAAGAUAAACCAUACAGAGCAGUAAAAGAGGGGGUAGAGAGGACUACAGAGGGUGGUGUUACUGUUCUGUUGCCAUACUCUUCCUUACCCCAAAUCCUGCCCAUAUAUACUGUAAAUGAACAAAAAUAUAAAGCGCGACAUUCAAAAAUGUCAACAAUUUUAUAGAGUUACAGAUCAUAUCAGUCAAUUGAAAUAAAUAAAUUAGGCCCCAAUCUAUGGAUUUCACGCCUGAGCAGGGGCGCAGCCAUGGGAGUCCUAGGAGGGCGUAGGCCCACCCACUUGGGAGCCCAGCCAAUCAGAAUUUGUUUUUCCCCAUAAAAGUGCUUUAUUACAGACAGAAAUACUCCUCCAUUUCAUCGCCCGUAGGUAAAAAAGCCAGAUGUGGAGGUUCUGGGCUGGCGUGGUUAAAUGUGGUCUGUGGUUGUGGAGGUCCUGGGCUGGCGUGGUUACACGUGGUCUGUGGUUGUGGAGGUCCUGGGCUGGCGUGGUGUGGAGGUCCUG